AUGGAGAGGAGCAAUCACACAGUGAAUGACUUCAUCCUGUUGGGAUUCACAACAGAUCCUGUGAUGCAACUGGUCCUGUUUGUCCUGUUUCUUGGAGUGUACUCUCUGACUUUGCUAGGAAAUACCACUCUCAUAGUGUUGAUCUGCAUUGACUCCCGGCUUCACACACCCAUGUAUUUCUUUAUUGGAAAUCUGUCUUUUCUGGAUCUCUGGUAUUCUUCUGUCUACACUCCAAAGAUCCUUGUGACUUGCAUCUCUGAAGACAAGAGCAUCUCCUUUGCUGGCUGUCUGUCUCAGUUCUUCUUCUCUGCUGGCCUAGCGUACAGUGAGUGUUACCUGCUGGAUGCCAUGGCUUAUGAUCGCUAUGUAGCCAUUUCCAAUCCCUUACUUUAUGUCCAGGUCAUUUCAAGGAGACUGAGCAUUUGUUUGGUUAUAUAUUCCUAUACUGGGGGUUUUGUCAAUGCAGUCAUCUUAACCAGCAACACAUUCACUUUGGAUUUUUGUAAUGGCAAUGUCAUUGAUGACUUUUUUUGUGAUGUCCCACCCUUGGUGAAGUUGGCAUGUGAUGUAAGUGAGAACUACCAGUCUGUGCUUUACUUCCUCCUGACCACCAAUGUCAUUACCCCCACCCUGCUCAUCCUGGCCUCCUACCUCUUCAUCAUCACUGCCAUUUUGAAGAUCCGUUCCACCCAGGGCCGUCUCAAGGCCUUCUCCACAUGUUCUUCCCACCUGAUCUCUGUGACUUUGUACUAUGGCUCCAUUCUUUACAUCUACUCUCGCCCCAGUUCCAGCUACUCCCUUAAGAGGGACAAAAUGGUUUCUACCUUUUAUACUGUGUUGUUCCCCAUGUUGAACCCUAUGAUCUAUAGUCUGAGAAAUAAAGAUGUGAAAGAAGCUCUGAGAAAACUCUUCAAGCUAACACAGUCUGAAGUGUAA